CUUAAACGUCUAACCUUUACACGUUUACGCCCACUUGCCAACCUGUACACGAGUUGCCCAGCCUUCUCCCUCUCUCUCUCUCUCUCUCUCGCUGUUUUAUCUGCCCCCAUCGUUCCCGGUAACCUCACGUUUCUUCAGCUUGAGAGCUCUAAUGGCCACUAUCUCCGCUACUUCUGCUACCUUUGGAGCUUCUCUUAAGCCAUGCUUCAAGAAUAAUAAGCUUGUCCAGGUGACUGGUGGGACUUCAACAACUCUGAAGAUGGUUAGAGCAGGUUGGGCAAAGAAUGUCUUCCCUACUUUAAGGACCUCGCGCUUCAAUGUUUGCUGUGCGGCCAAGCCCGAGACAGUGCAGAAAGUUUGUGAGAUAGUAAAGAAACAAUUGGCAUUGUCUGAUGAGACUGAGCUCACCCCAGAGUCCAAGUUCGCUGCACUCGGAGCUGAUUCUCUUGAUACGGUGGAAAUAGUAAUGGGUUUGGAGGAAGAAUUUGGAAUCAGCGUCGAGGAGGAAAGCUCUGAGAAUAUAACCACAGUCCAAGAAGCAGCUGAUCUGAUAGAGAAGCUUGUCCAGAAGAAGCCUGAAGCUUAGACUAAGAGCUGGUUGGUUGGGAUGUAACAGUUUUGUUACUAUUGAGGCAAUAUCUUGUUAAGUAAUUUGUAAGGGCUAGUUUGCUUUCCCUCCAAAAUGUUCCUGUCGUUUUGAUUUUUUGAAUGGGUGUCCCUCUUUAUCAGUCUCAGAAUUAGAACUGAUAUUGUUUUGAAUUUGAAUUUGAAUAGAUUAAUUUCAAGGAAUUUGUAGCUUCUGUAUCA